AUGGCAGGCCUGAGCCUUCCAGAGGCAAAAUCCAAGGCUCUGAAGGCUAAAAAGGCCAUCUUGAAAGGAGUCCACAGUCACAAGAAGAAAGAAAUCAGGACAUCUCCCACCUUCAGGAGGCCCAAAACUUCACGAUUAUGGAGACAGCCCAAAUAUCCUAGGAAGAGUGCUCCUUGGAGGAACAAGGUUGACCACUGUGACAUUAUCAAGUUCCCCCUGACCACAGACUCUAUGAAGAAGAUAGAGGAUAACAACACAGUCUUCAUUGUAGAUGUCAAGAUCAACAAACAUCAGAUCAAGCAGGCUGUCAAGAAACUGUAUGAUAUUGAUGUGGCCAAGGUCAACCCAUUGAUCUGGCCCAAUGGUGAGAAGAAGGCUUAUGUCCGUCUUGCUCCAGACUGUGGUGCAUUGGAUGUAGCCAACACGAUUGGAAUAAUCUAAAGUGCAUCCAUCAAGAGCUGGGCAGAUGAGAUAAUAAACUUUGUAAAACCAAAAAAAAAA